GGAUUGCCUUUUUCUUCCUUCCGUAAAUAAAUUAAAAUACAAGCAUAUAAAUCCUAUUAAUACUGAUAACUGAAUCGAGCUUUUCGUAUACUGACGACGGUCAAGAUUAUUAGAUCCGGGAAGAUCUUAGCACUUCUUGUACAUUAGUUUCCUUGUGUCGAUUCGAUCGAUGAUUACGCCCCCCACCUAUGUUGACACCUUCAGCUCGGGAUGAGUACUCCCUCUCCAAGUUCAUCAAGAUCUUAGCCGGUAUCAGAUCUCCGAAGCAGUUCCAAGCCAUCCAUUCCUUCAUCACCAAGCUCGGAUUCUCUCGCUUUACUGUUCUGGUGAGCGGCUUGAUAGAUCUCGCCCUCAAAUGUGGAUCCUUGGACGACGCGGACAAGCUGUUCGACGAUAUGCCCCACAAGGAUGUCGUCGCGUGGACUUCCAUGAUCAUCGGCCACGCACGCCACGGGCAGUCUGACAAUUCUGUCUCUUUGUUCCGGAAAAUGCUCGCCAGUGGCACGGCACCGAAUUGGUACACUUUCUCUGGCGCUUUGGCUGCUUGUUCCGGCGUCGGAGCUGAGGCCCUGGAUUACGGUAAGCAAAUCCAUGCUCAGGUGCUUAAGUCGAGCUUCCUGGGGCCAGUCGAUCCCGUUGUUUACAAUGGGUUGCUUGACAUGUACUCCAAGUGUCAGUGUCUCUUGUUCGCUCGGAGACUAUUUUGUUCCAUGACAGUCAAAGGCCUUGUUGCUUGGAACUCGAUGAUGUCUGGUUACCUGCGAUGUGGGCAAGCCGAGGAAGCUUUGGAGUUGCUCGUGUUGAUGGUCGCUUAUGGUAUGAGACCCGCUGACUUCACAUAUGCUAUCUGUGUCGACGCGUGCACCGCUCUGGCAUCGAUCAAGCAGGGACUUCAGCUUCAUGCUUCGAUCAUCAAAAGUGGAUUUGAUUCAGACUUGGUUAUCAGAAACGGUUUGGUGGAUAUGUAUGCAAAGUGCGGUUGUAUUGGUUCGGCGAAGCUCGUCUUUGAAAUGAUGCCUUCAAGCGACCCGGUGCUUUGGACCACCAUGAUUUCGGCUUUCGGGAAGUAUGGAUGUGUUGGUGAGGCAAUUAUGAUGUUUGAAAAGAUGGUUGAGCUGAAGAUCGAACGUGAUGGAAUCACGUACCUUGCAGUUUUAUCUGCCUGCAGCCAUGGGGGGCUGGUCGGUGAAGGUUGGCGCUAUUUUCGAUUGAUGUUUGAGGAAGAAGGCGCCGCCAUUGCAGAGUCGGAACAUUAUGGAUGCAUGGUCGAUCUUCUAUGCCGAAGUGGCUGCUUGGAGGAAGCUCUCAGUUUCAUCGAAGGCAUGCCAUUAGAGCCAAGCAUUGCUGUUUGGAGUACAUUGCUGAAUGCUUGUCGGAUAUAUGGUAACACCAAGCUUGGUAAGCUAGCUGCUUGUCGUCUAUUUAAACUGGAUCCAGAAUUCCAGAGCAAUUGGGUUAUUCUCUCCAGCAUACAUGCGGCAGAAAGCGAAUGGGAUAAGACACGGAAGUUAAGGGAAAGCAUGAAGGGUGAGAAUGUGAAGAAAGAGCCAGGGUGUAGUUGGAUUGAGCUCGGUGAUGGUGUACAUGUAUUCCACACGGCAGACAGGUCUCUUCCUCAGGUGCUUGAGAUCCUCCAGACUCUGGAGGCACUGAACAAGGAUUUGAUCAUCCUACAUGUGGAGAGAUGAGUCAUCCUGUGAUGAUAAACUUUAUAGCUACAGAUGAAAGGUCCAGAUUUCUCCCAUCUAUCACAGUUCUUGGAAAAAUAGAAGAAACCAUCUCUUUCUUUUGAUUUCUUCAUCGAUUGGCAUUCUUCGGAGGAUCUUUAAAGUGCGGCAUACGUGAGGGUAAAUUGAAUAAUCCUUUUAGCUCCGUAUCAUAAAUGAUCGACCACUUGCAUUGCAUUUGUGGCUUCUACGCUGAUUACUGAGGUGUAGUGGGAGGUAAAACUAUGUAUAGUAUUAUGCAUCAUGCCUCCAAUAUUAACUCUAUGAUGUGUAACUUUUGAUAGAAAAAUUGUAGUGUAUCUAUCUGGAUCUUCGGUUUAGGAUUAGCCACUCAUUCACCUCAUUUUUUUUCUGUCACAUUGAUUGAUUGGUUAUUUGUCAUGUCCAAAGUUAAAGAGGGUGAUGAAGAAUUUCAUCCACAUUUGCUUUUGUACCAUUUGAAUCUGUCAAAAUUAUAGUUUCGUGUGUGUCGGUGGUCUUCAGUAUGCUACCAAAGACAUGAUGAAAUCAGAGGUGAAUUUGCAGACAAGGCUACUGUAAUUGAAUUAGCAAAGUGUCUCGGUGCCCAAACAUCGAUACGAGUGUACCUGAAAUUUCUGUCAUGAGGUUUGAAUCGACUUGCUCCAAGUAAACAGGAAUAUCUGGACGAAGAAGUCCAAUUUGUGAAGCAGAUCACACAGUACGCCAAUACGGGUGCACGUUUAUACAGCCACCGUGGAUAUCAUCCUCUUUUUCAAAAUCCAGUUUCUUUGAGAGGAUUUAGCAUAUUUGCCAGCACUGAGUUCCCUUCAAUCCCAGGCAUGCAAUGCAUCAGCUAUUCUGGUGCCAGUAAUCGUUAGCUUUUAGUUUGCUAAACCGGUUUGUUCUGAUUGAUCCAGGUCGAAACCUCACAAAGGCUGAAUUAACUUCACUCAACUCCACAUUCUGAGCUCUGCCUGGACUGGCAUUUGUAAGCCCACAACGGUUUUAUUUCUUUUGCAUGGAAGUAUGAUGAAUUUGGGAAAUGCUAAG